UAGCAAUGAAGACCUGUAAACAGUWCUAAAAAAAUAUYCUCCUUACAAAGAGAACACGCAAAUGACAACCUAAAAAYUGGAUAGUUUAGUGUUGUAAUAUMUGUUGAGUUAAAUCGACUUGGUGAAGUGUGUGAAACGGACAAAAAYUGAGUGAGAAUGUGUAGCAUCAGAACUACUAGCGUUUAUUUUGUAGACUGGGAGACAACGAGUCAAGAUUUCUUGAAAGGAAUCAAGUUUACAACAUCUCAGAAAGACAUUAAGGUACACGUAUUUUACAAUAAAAAGACGCCAAAAGACAAGUUACCUCCAAGUUAUGAGUGGAUUGUCAAGCACUCUUCAUUGACGGCAUCUGCCGAGGCGUCCUGGACAGCUCUUAUUACUUAURUACUUCAUUUCUAUACACAUCUUGCCUGUCAGUGUGGAGAAACCAAGUGUAAAAUAUGGCCACAUCCUCAUGUACAUACAAGAUACAAGGCUUACGUCGUGUGUGGUGAUGAGGGACGAUACGAGGAGCUGGAAGCGAUCUUGAAAUUCAACAAAAUCGCCAUCAAGACCAUCAAAGUUGGUGAGAAGACGUUACUGGAUGUCUUUCCAUACUCGUGCAGUCGGUGUAAGAUUAUCUUCAAAACAAAGCAAGAAGCUGGGAAUCAUGAUCUACAAAAUCACAAUUUUUUAUGCACUAAUUUACGCUGCGAGAAAAGUAAAAGACAAAAUGGAUUUUUCUCAAAGAAGGAGCUAGAAGAUCAUCUUGAUGGGCAACAAAACUGCGAGUUUUGCCCUUCAAAAAUAUUCUGCUCAGAAAAGCAAUUGAACGAUCAUUUAAAAAAAGUCCACAAGCAAUGUGACUGUCCUUGCGAGGAAUUCUUUGAAACUCGCGAUGAUUACAUGGAGCAUUUCUAUAGCAACCUACCGUUACCAUGCCUUGAGGAGCCCGAGUGUGCAGAACGAUUUCCUAACAUCGAACACCAAGCAUUCCACCACAAGCAGGUUCAYGGUUCCACGUAUCCCUAUUACUGCAUGGCCUGUUACAAGAACAACUAUCUUGUUUGCUGUAAAACUGCGGAGAAAUUGCUCGACCACGUGGAACAGGAGAAACAUCAAGAUGAAGAGUUUUCGUUUGCGCAAAUCCCGCUAGAAAUGGCUCUGACAACCAAGUCAUAGCAAUACAACAAACAAUACAAAAAGCAGGAUGAUAUUUAUAAUAAAAAGAACGAAUUGAACUUCUUUAGAUAACUAAGAGUUCCCUUGCAAUUAGUCUCUCCAACAUGAGGAAAUCACAAUUUUUUUUCAAUUUCAUAAAUUAAUUAUACAAAAAGAAAACAUGUAUACAACAAUAUUCUAAGCCUACACGACUGUUAUCACUUCCAGAUGCCUGUUUGGUUCAGUUAUAGACGUCAUGUAAUUAAAUUAUUAACUCGAUUUUAAUAAUUCAGCCCUAGAGGCUGGAGACAGUGACYGAAUCCAUGGUGACGUUGAUAUGUAAGCAGCAGCUGCGCAAUAAAUCAUUAAAUAAACAA